AGUGUUGUUUAAGAGCUUCAACACAUGGGAAUCCUUCGUAGUGAGCUCAUGACUCACGGCACAGUCGUGCUACCGCACGAGUAUGCUCGAAACUAUGUUGACCUCUUGGGUAAGCAAACCAAGGUCAUGUUCGAGGAUAUGAACUCGGCCGUUAUGCAAAGACCUUAUCGUAAGUACAUCCAACGUAUUGAGGACAUGGAACGUAUGCUCCGUGUGCUCGACUCUGAGAUCGCCAAGAUGCCUGAUGUCACUCUUUACAAGAACCGUAUCGACGACUUCCUGGACCACGAUGAUGAGUUCACCCUUGACACCCUAGAGGCUGAGAUCAAGAGAGUUUACGAACAGUUCAUUCGCUUCCGUGGUAACAACGAGGACUUGACUGCUGAGCUGGACUCUGCCACUGAGGAGUUGAACGUCGUACAGAACAGUCUCAGCUCUGGUUCUGUUGCUGCUGGCACUGGUGCGGCUCUCGAGGCUCCUCUAUUGCAGGGUGAGCCCACUGCUCGUGGUACUGGUAGAGAGCGUAUGGGCAUGCAGUUCUCUAACAUUGCUGGCGUUGUGAAGAUGGAGGAUCAGGAGAGCUUUGCCAGAACGGUGUUCCGUGCUACUCGUGGUAACACCUUCACUCAGUUCACUGAGAUUCCCGAUACUCGCAAGAGUGUAUUCGUCAUCUACUUCCAAGGCGCUGCCGCUAACAGUUACAUGUCCGCUAAGCUCCAUCGUAUCUGUGGUGCUGUUGGUGUUCACCUUUAUCAAUGGCCUGCCACUCAUGACGAGGCUAGGGUCAGAAUCAACGAGCUGCAGAGCAUCAUCGCUGACAAGACCCAUGCUUUGGCUGGCUUCGACAGAUUCAUUCGUGAUGAAGCCAGAGGCCUUGUCGAGCCCAUUCGUGUUGGUGGCAACUCUCGGAUUGAGGAAUGGAAGUUGUUCUGCAUUAAGGAGAGGAACAUCUAUGCUACUCUUAACCUUUUUGAGGGUGAUGUUACUCUGAGAUGUGAUUGCUGGUAUCCUUCUAAGGAGGAGGAUUCUAUUCGUCGUGUACUCGGCGAGUCUGAAUUGGCUGCCUCUGCUAUGCUGGUGGCUGAUAUCGCCAAGCCUAGGGCGGCUCCUCCCACCUAUACGAAGACUAACGAGUUCACUGCUGCCUUCCAGGCUUUGGUCGAUACCUAUGGUAUCCCUCGUUAUCAGGAGUUCAACGCUGGUGUUGUGAGUAUCAUCACAUUCCCCUUCAUGUUUGGCAUUAUGUACGGUGAUGUUGGUCAUGGUACUUUGAUCACAUGCUUUGCUCUCUGGGCUUUGUCCAAUGCUAAGAAGUGGAAGUACAGUGAUGAUGGUAUGCAGCAAGGUUUGGUCUAUGCUCGCUACUUGCUCUUGUUCAUGGGCCUCUUUGCCAUCUAUGCUGGUUGCAUGUAUAACGAUCUCCUCGGUGUUGGUAUUCACUGGUUCGGUACUGCUCGUUAUGAGGAUCCCGCUGAAUACGGUCAUGCUAGUAACUACGAAAUGAAGCCCAAGGCUUGGUUCGACACUCUUAACACUGGCGAGGGUAGCGGUCCUUAUCCCUUUGGUAUUGAUCCCUCGUGGCACGGUGCGACCAACGAGCUUCUGUUCAUGAACUCCUUGAAGAUGAAGUUGUCUGUGUUGUUCGGUGUCUUCCAGAUGAUAUUUGGUGUUUGCAUCAAGUUCGGUAACGAUGCUUACAUGAGGGAGUGGAUUGACUUCAUCUUCGUUGCCAUUCCCCAGAUGGUCUUCCUGUUGGGCUUCUUUGGUUACAUGGACUGGAUGAUCAUGUAUAAGUGGGUUACUCCUGUUACUCAGGACCCUACCCUUAACGGUGCCCCCUCCCUGAUUAACACCUUGAUCUCGUUCGGUCUCGGCCAAGCUGAUAAGCAACCUCUGUUCCUCGCCCAGCCUGCCGUUCAAAAGUGGCUCAUGCUUGCUGUGGUGAUAUCGGUCCCUGUUAUGCUCUUACCUAAGCCGAUUAUUAUUCAAAUCCAGAGGUCUAUCAGAAAUAAGAAGAACAACCGUAACGCUGUUGCCAAUGACGAUGUAGAAGCGCAAGCCCUCAUCACGAAGGAGAGUGAGACUGACGAGGAGCUUGAGGAAGAGGGUAUGGAUGAGGUCUGGAUCUACCAGAUGAUCGAGACCAUCGAAUACGUGCUUGGUUGCGUAUCCCAUACUGCGUCAUAUUUGCGUCUUUGGGCUUUGUCCUUGGCGCAUCAGCAGCUUUCUGUGGUGUUCUUCCAGAUGAUUAUGCAGGGCGCUCUCCAGUCCACUAGCUGGGCCAGCCCUAUCUUCAUCUACUGCGCUUUCGCCGUCCUCUUUGGUAUCACCUUGGGUGUCCUUAUGUUCAUGGAUGUCUUGGAGUGUUUCCUCCAUACCUGGCGUCUGCAUUGGGUGGAGUUCCAAUCCAAGUUCUACAUGGGUGAUGGAUACUCCUUCGUGCCGUUCUGCCACUUCGACAUUAUCAAGGAUGAGCUUCAGGCUUAA